AUGAGACUCACCCGCUCCCUCUAUGUGCGCAAUCUUCUCGCCGCCCUCCAUCCGCCGCUUCCUCCUCCAUCCGCCAGAGAGUCGAAACAACUGCUCAACGUUCUCGAGGCCGCCUUUCAGAAGCACCUCGAUGAGUCACACCCGUCUCCCCAAGCUCUCCGUGUCGAUGAGUCGGUAAAUGAACAAGGAUCAAUCCCAGACCCUGCUCAGAGAGUCACCCAUUCGGCGCAUUCGCAUCUCGAUACCAUCCUCAGCCAUCCUCUUCUGCGGCGAAAGUCGACAACGGUUGCUCCGUCGCGCGGUCUCACGGCUGCAGCAGUCUCGGCGUUCGAUGAUGCGUUGAUCCAGACAGGGCUUGAUUUCCACCUUGUGCAGUCGUGUGCCAUCCAGUAUCUCCAAGGAUUGGAGAAGGAAGAGGUGGUCUCCGAUGAUGGAAAGCUGGGUCCUCGGUUGGCGAGUUGGUUUACGGCCAUGAGAAACACCGACAAGAAAGAAUUCUUGGUCAAUGGGAAUUCACUGGCGUCUAUUGUGCCGGUCAUGUAUGCGGAUGGGUUAGAAGUCGAGGUGUGGGAAUGGCUCCGGACUCUAUAUGAGCGUCCCUUUGACAGGUCUAUCUUCCUGCUAUCUGACAUCUCGGCGCCCGGUGCCUUGGACUACCUUCGAGCGGAGGACACGCUUGUGGCAUUGAUGAUGAAAGAGUCGAUCCGCAAAGGUCUGUUUCACGAAGCAGCACAACAAUACGUUCACGCCUGCGAAUACCGACUCAGCACCGGUCGUGCCAUAUUGUCUGAAGCCGGUUUGCUCUCCAAUCCAUUCAAGCGGGCAUGGCAGCACAUUGCUCGGGGAAUUUUGUUGCGGCGUAAAUCUCAUCAGAUUGAACCCGAGCUGUUCGACUCGAUGCUGAAAUUUGGUCUCACCAUCAAUUCGUCUCCUUUCGACCACGCCAUCUUGCGCAUAUAUCAUCCAACAUCUCCAUCAGCGCAACUUUGGUCCGUCAAAGUGAAAGAGGUGCCAUUCCAACAACGCUUCUCGCAUUGGCAGAAGAAGCUGAACAAACCAGUUCAGAGAGCUCUACUUGUGGCCAUGCUGGACGCGGCGCAGUUGUCAUUGGAGCAGAACCGACCGACCGAAGCACGAGAUUUCUUGGACUUUGCAGAACUCAAUUACCCGGACAUAGUGUCCUCGAAGGCACAAUCCAACACGGUUGAAAGACUGAGACUCGCACGAAAGGAAGCCUCGACUCGGAAAGAGACUCGGUAUAUGCCUGCACUGGCCCUGGUGUGA